AUGGCGACGGCGCGGCGAGGGGAGGGGGAGAAGAUGGCGGGCGCGGCGCGGAGGCUGAGGGGGGGGAGGGGGAAGAGGGCGGGCGGCGCCGGGUCUGCGGGGAAUACUGCAGUCAAGAUGGCUACAACCGGACUCUAUAAAAUGGGUGAUGGAAACAAUUAUGCCACUAACUGCUUUCCUGCCAGAAACAUUUUGCACAACAGUAAAGAAGGGGCUGGGCGCUGGCUGCUGGCACCCAUAGCCACCCCACGGGCCUGGGCUGAGCCGGGAACCACCAGGGAGACAGCACAGCAGAGGAGAAAGCCCCCACGUUCUGCCUCUGUGGAAGAAAAUAAUGAAGACAAUGUCCUGGAUGAGACAUUUCUGAUGAAGCACCACUGUUUGAAGAACCCUUCUGACCUAUGUUCCGUGAACAUAAGCAGCCAAAAUCUGGUCUCUGCUAAAGAAGAUGAUUUCGAGAAAUUUGAUUGUGUUGCUUUUAUAAAUGCUGCUGAGAACCUGCUGACGUUAGAGCCAUUUCGGAAGUUUCCGGGGCUGCGGGAACUGGAACUUUCCUUGAACGGCCUAAGAAAUCUGAAAAUCACUGCUGGAGACUUCCUGCAUUUAGAAGACCUGGAUCUCUCCUAUAACAACUUAUCCCCGGAGGAUAUUUGGGCAUUGGGGGAUUUGUCCCAGCUGAAGAUCCUUCGCUUGACGGCCAACGGGCUUCGGACCCUGCCUGCGGACCUGGCAGGCUCCUGGCACUCUGCUCAUUUAAGGUUUCCGUCUCUAGAGGUCUUGGUGCUGGAUGACAAUCAGCUGUCAGACCCGAGCGUCUUUGUGAGCCUCUCUAAUCUCUGCAGCCUGAGGGAACUGAAUCUGGACAGAAACAGGAUUUCAGCGGUCCCCUACCUGCACCAAGCAGAGAGCAGGCAGUUCUCCCUCCACCCCGCGCUGGACGACGGCACUUUUAGGGCGGAGUGGUACCAGUCCCUGAGCAGCCUCCGGCAGCAGCCCCAGCACGAGGGCACGGAGGUGCCAGAAGAGCUGGAAGCGAAGAAAGGGCAGCUUGAAUAUUCCGUGUUACAGAACAACGGGGAUCCAGCCGGGAGAGAGGUCCUGUUUGAUUCUGGCUUUCAGGGAUGUCCAGUGCCGGGUGUUUCCAGGGACGGAUGCCCAUCUGCCUCGAAGACUCUGCCUGCUCCCUCCGUGCGCAGAGACAUUUGUGCUCCCUUUCCUGAACUGCAGCGUCUCAGCCUGGCCUUCAACAAGAUUGUGGAUGAGACAGCCCUCUUACCCCUGGCUUUCUUCCCGCGGCUGAAGGAGCUGACGUUUCACAACAACCCCCUCACCGCCACCCGGAGCGGGCAGCCGCCUCUGCUGACCCGGCUCCUCCAGCAGAGGUUGGGGAUUAAACUUGUUCGCCACAAGAGCCUGGCUGCGGGGCGGAGGCACUUCUCCAUCCCUCUCAAAGCCAGCCGCAAGGUCUCGUCGCAUCUCCCCAAGGUCAAGAAGGAGCCGCUGACGCUGGAAGCUCCUGCUGAAACCUUGUGGAGGCCGCUGCCAGCCGUGGAGGAGGCUACAAGAGGAGCUGGGGCUCCGAGUCCGCCCCGGCUGCUGCCUCCCCUCGGCCCCACGCCUGCAGCGCUGAGCAGGGACGCCGGCAGUGGCAGGCUGGGGGUGCUGGGGCACGGGGAACGUGGCUCCAGGCCUCCCAGCACGGCCCCGGAGGACGUUGAAGCCUUCUUCAUGACUCAGGUGGAGGACGUGUCCGGGCCCCGGCGGCGACCCGUGGCGGAGGACAGGCUGGAGAAGAGGAGCGAGCAGGGCGAGGAAGGGAGCCCCCGGGCUGUUUCGGAGCGCUACCAGGGCUACGAGGAGCUGCUCGGUGGGGACACCGACCCAGAUUUUAUCGAGCCAGUUGGGAUACAGAAGAACGUGCAGGCACUCUGCUACAUCCUGAAUCACCCCCUGGUUUACCGCGAUGCCAAGCCACGCCUGGAGAGCUUGCAGAAGCCCUACGUGCCUCGGAAAAAGCACGGGAGGAUGCCCGGCCCUCCCGCCCGCAAGACAAAAGUGGAGGCGCUGGAAGGGAUCCUGAUGGCCAUGAGAAACGCCUCGACCGUCACCAACGUCCCUUUGGCGUCUGCUUUGCAAAAGGGGAAAUCCAGCCCCAGGACGUACCGCGAGGCGCUGAGGCUGAUGGAGGAGCUCCAGGAGGUGUUUGAGAGCGGCGAGGAGCCGGCCCCGGGCAAGGCCAGGCUCUCGGACGAGGUGCCGGUGAUCAGAGCUCUGCUGGCGGAGGCAGCUUCCAAGCAGGGGAGCCCUGAACAGUUGCAGCUGCGAGGAAAAAAAGUGGCCAAGGAGGUGCCCAAAGGGAAGGCUGCGGCGCAGCCAGUGCUUGAAUAA